GAUUUUUAUAUUUAGUAAUUGUUGCAGAAAAUUAAAGAUAAUUAAAGUAUGUGAUGUAAUAAUGGAUGACUUGUCGCACUGUUUAAAAAUAUUAACUCUUAAAAAGUCACAAAGUUUAAAUAUUUAACAUACUCAAGGCAUGUAAAAAGGGUCUAGUGGAUUUCUCUGUAUAGUAUUUCUUUAUGUCAUAAAUUUCCAUGUCAAAACACACACCUGUUGACCUGCAAAAAUGCCACCUGGAAACGUGAAAUGCCUGAGCACAAGCCACAUAAAAUCUGAACAGGCUGAAAGAGUUUUUGUCUGAAAGGUACACAAUAAUACAGAAUGUUUACUCUUUAAAAGAGCUCAAUCCUCAAAAGGGCCAUGUUAUAGAAGGACACAAAAAAUUGGCAUUACAUUUAAAAUAUGCACACCUGUCAGCAAAGUGGCAGUACAUCUCUCAUUCAUUACUAAACCAACCACCUGAGGCCACUAAGACUAUUUAUUUUCAUUCACAGUUAUAAAAUUGUUAGACAUGCCUCAUGUCCACAGUGCUGCCUUGUUCUCCAACAGAGUGAGGGACUUUACUCGCUCCGGCUGUUUGUUACUGCACUCUUGGCGGGAGCAGGUUUAAGCACAACUGUGUCCAUGUCACUUUUAAUGUUUCAUUUUCUUUUGCGUUUUGAAACUGCACCAUGAGGCCGUAGAAAGCUUCCAUCUUGAUGACUUUGGGCAAAUCAAGAUCAGUAGCAGCUUAAUUGCUGGUGUUGGACAAGCAGUGGCCUCGAGUGUGUGUGCUGGACUGUGCUAGAGGGCGCCGUCAAGCGGUGUGUGGCAGCAACGGACGAAUGUACAAAUCUCUGUGUUCUUUUCAACGUGCCCAGUGCAUUAACAGCCAGCUGAGGAUGGACACACUGUCAACAUGCACAGCAGAUGCGUUGAGCUCUAAAUGUCAGCUGGCUCGUUCUCAAGCUCUGCGGGCCAGUGCUCGUUCGGAUUCCUUGGCCGUCUUUAUCCCAAUAUGUGACGACGACGGAUCUUAUGCAGAGGUGCAGUGUCACACUCAGACAGGUUUUUGCUGGUGCUCCAGCGCUGAUGGGAUGCCUGUGAGCGGAAGCUCUGUUCUACACCUGCGGCCCAACUGCACAGAACGAGCCGUUCCUGAUCCUGUGCCGACGACUGAAGGAGUCACUGUGCCUCCAUUUUGGGUGACAAUCCUAUUGAACUCUGACCCGAAUGGAAAGCGUCCGGUCAGACGACCCACAGACUCUCUAAGGAACUGUGAACACGAGAGACUGUCUUUGCUCGCUGAAGCGAGCAUUCAGGGGUCAGAUGAGCGUUUUAUCCCAGAAUGCAGUGCAGAUGGGCGGUACAAAUCCAUUCAGUGCCACGGCGGCACGGGAUACUGCUGGUGUGUGAGAGUGGACUCGGGGCGGCCCAUACCAGGCACUUCUGACAGGAACCAACUGCCUGACUGCAGCUCUCAGGAAACAAACACACUCAUCAUCAACAACAGCUCUACAAAAACACCUCUCUCAGGUUGUUCCAGUGUUCGAAAGACCGACUUUUUGAAGAGUCUGAUAGAGGCAUUUCAGCAGGAAGUUGAAAGUGUGGCUCCAUCUUCUCCUUACAGGACACCCGAGUCCCGUCUUCACGUCCCCACCUCUCCUCCCUCUGUUCACACUCUCCGUCUGUACAUUAUGCGGCUGGACACGGAUGGUGAUGGUGUUCUCAGCGAGCGAGAAGCUCGUCCGUUACGGCUCCUGCUUCGCAGAAGUCUGCGUCCUCGCCGCUGUGCCAAGAAACUCAUGCAAUCCUGUGAUCGUAACGCAGACCGUCGCCUCAGCUCUCAAGAAAUCACUUCCUGUCUUGGCAUUUGAGGCCCAAAUCCAUAAAUAUUGUGCAGGAGGAAGUAUCUUUGUAAAUGGUUUCAGACAUCAGUUUGACCUUCAUCUCUCCACAGCUCCUUUGAGUCUGCGACUGGAACGUUCAAUCGCUUCGCUCUGGGUUUUUUAAUCUGUUUCAGCUCUCGCCGGCACUCUGACCUUUUCACUUAUGCAAGUCCAAACGCUGUGCCUUUCAAAUAAAGGGCUCGUUAUUGGUUUUGUAAAAAUAUCCACGGGUGAGGCUUUCUGACCGCUGGAGCUCUCAAGUGUGUGUGUGUGUGAGUGUAUCUGAGUGGCUGAGAGUGAGUUUGGACACUGUACAGUACAUGAACAUUGUAAUAAUUCAGUAUUAUGACCAGGGUUAUUGUAGUUAACUGAAAC